AUGGUCAUUACGUACCCGUUCGAAAAUUGUGCAACAGACGGAAAUGACAAGGAUUAUUUCCCACCCAGCGCAGUACAACUGAAGACUCGUCAACAAGCCGAAGAAGCUUUGAAGACAAGCCAUCAAAUAACGGAGAAAUUCUGGACAAUAUGGAAGAAUCAGUACCUCACCAGCCUCCGAGAGAAACACAAGCUUCUCAUGAACAACAAAGGCGGAACCCGAAAAAUACCAGCCAGAAAUACUGUGGUGCUCAUUUACGAUUCAACAUCUCCACGUAACACUUGGAAACUGGGACGUAUACACGAUCUUUCUCCGUCAGAGAAUGGAAUCAUCCGAGAAGCACAUGUUAAGUUACCAAAUGGAAGAGUCAUCCGAAGACCUGUAAACUUUCUCAUUCCGCUCGAGCUACAAGACGGUACAGAUACAGAGGUAUCACCAAUAGUCAACAACAGCAGGAGGUGGGAGAACUCACAAGUGAGGCGUAGUCAUCGUUACAACCUCAGGCCACGACGAACUAAUCACGAACAGAGUGAAAUUCAACCAGAGAACUCGCCAAACGACACAAUAGAACAAGAAUACAGCACGAACCUGCAGGCGGCUCAAUUCACAACGAAACGAAAUAAUGAAUUGGAGGAUUUUCAGCGCUCUACGUCAGCAACACAGCCCGCCGCGGAGUAUAGAGAUUCCUCUAUUAUCAACCCACCUCCAACCAAGUUGUUUACGAACAAGAAAAAAUGA